UCGAGCAGUUGUUAGCAGCACCAUUUUGUGAUGAAUGGGGCAUGGCAGAGGUUGAGGCUAGAUUCAAAAUAAGCUUGUUCAAAUACUGAGUUCUGUAGGGAUACCGUUUUGCUUUUAGUACUUAGGAAAAUAUUUUGGGGCAAGAGACAAUUGUAUCACGUUACGAAGGUCAUAUAGAGAAGUUUUGAGUGAGAAACUAGUCAGUAACUCGUUAGCUACGCCGCUAAAAGAUCUGCCCAGCCAACCAAAACGCUACUUCGUUGAGUUAUUGAAAGAAAAUACAGGAGACAUCCCACAUUCCAGUCUGAAGAAACAUGAGUGCCCCAUCUUCUCAAAUUGUCGUGCUGAAAAGCACCACCAAGGUGUCCCUGAAUGAGCGCUUCACAAACAUGAUGAAGAACAAGCAGCCGACUGUGAGUAGCAUCAGGGCCACCAUGCAGCAGCAGCACACGGCCAGUGCACGGAACCGGCAACUUGCCCAGCAGAUGGAGAACAGGCCCUCUGUGCAGGCUGCCCUGCAGCACAAACAGAGCCUAAAGCAGCGGCUCGGGAAAAGCAACAUCCAGGCCAGGUUGGGUCGGCCCAUUGGCUCGUUGAUGCGGGGAAGCACUGGAGGGCGGGGCUUCAUCGGAGGAUUGCGUGGACCUGGACGAGGACUGCGAGGAAGAGGCAGAGGCGGUGCUAUGAGAGGAGCACUCUCUCUCAGAGGUGCUGGUCCAAUGCGGGGCAGGGGUGGUCCUGGCCGUGUGGGUCUCCGGCGGGGUAUGCGUCAACGUGGAGGGUCUGCGGGACGAGGAGCUUUGAUUGGCAGAGGAGCAGCACGUGGAGCCGUUGGAGGAAGAGGCCGCGGUGGUCUGAGAGGUCGUGGAGGCUUUGCAGGAAGAGGUCGUGGACGUGGAAGAGGGAGAGGAGCAGGCCGUCCAAUCGUAACACGCGAGCAGUUGGACAACCAGCUUGAUGCUUACAUGUCUAAAACCAAGGGCCAUCUUGAUGCUGAGUUGGAUGCAUAUAUGGCCCAGGCAGAUUCUGAGAGCAUGGAGUAACCAUAACCAACCUUAGAAUAAUAGCAGGCUCCCCAAAGAUCUGCAGAUAAUAGACUGAUUGAAAAGUUACCCAUUCAGUACAAUUUCUUUUGGACUCUCUUGGACGGGCAUUCAAACUUGAAGUUUGUACAGCGUAAGAAAUCCAUCUCAUCCAUCUCGCCAGUCCUCACUUGCAUUGCCUAUGUGACUUAAUAUUGUACCAAUGUAAUGCCUCACCACAGUUGAUGAAUAUAAAAGACCAGUUCUUUUAGGGUAGUUUUGACUAGAUUUUCAUUGAGCUGUAAUUUUAGAUAUUGUUCUUGGUCUCUCUUGCCUUUUAGUAAAAUCGUGUACAGGCUCUUAAUUUUUGAGGAUGGGGUAUAAAGACACAAAGUUCUUAAAUUGACCUUAUGUACAAGAAACUGUGAACUUUAACCCCAGGACAAAUGAUCAGCUGGGGUUAAGAUGCUUUUCAUAGACAAACAGUUGUUCAUGACAUUUUAUUGUCAUUUUUUGUUUUAACAAAUAACUUUUAUUCAGUAUAUACAAGGUGUUGCCUUGCACGGUCUUAUAUUGGCACUUUUUUGCUAAAUGUCAUGAAAAUUAUAUUGUAACCAUUAAUAUUGUUUUGCUUUUGGCAAAUAAAAUCCUAGCCAUAAGA